UUAAUCUCCUCACACUAUAAAAAGACAGCUUCUCUACUCAUCACCACAAGAGUCUUUCACCGUUGUUCUUGAUUACCAUGACAAAGAGUGGUUCGAAACCAAACCCAAACCCUGUCGAGAACAAUGCGGAAGAGAUUCAUUACAGAGGUGUGAGGAAGCGUCCAUGGGGAAAAUAUGCAGCUGAGAUCCGAGAUCCGUUUAAGAGAAUCCGGGUCUGGCUCGGUACCUUUGACACUGCUCAACAGGCGGCGCGUGCCUACGACGCUGCAGCACGUGAGCUUCGCGGAGCGAACGCUAAGACGAAUUUCCCGACACUCCUUGAGCUUCAAUUUAAAGGCAGCGGUUACACUCGUGGUCCUAGAAAAAGCAGAACCGUCCACUCGGUCUCUCCCCUGGCGGCGAGACUUGCACCUCUGCAUCUCAGGCUCAGCUUAGGUGGCAGUAGCGGCGGCGGCGCAUGUUAUCCUCAGGUUCCUGUUGCACGUCCUCUUGCUGCACGUCCUCUUGCUGCACGUCCUCCUGUUGCACGUCCUGUUUACUGCUGUAACAUGACGGCGUGUGCUACGUGUGGGGCCGAGAGCGAGUCUGACUCGUCGUCUGUCCUUGAGUUCGAGGAUGAAACUGAGGAGAAACCUCAGCUGCUCAACCUGGACCUUAACUUCCCUCCUCCGGCGGAAUAGGUCGCUUCUCCAGACAGUGCAUGCGUCGGGUCUUCUAAAUUAAGAGAAAGUGCGUUCUCCUAUGAUAGUAUCUUUAUUUUUGUUUCUGUCUAAAAAUUAUAUAUUACCCGUUUUAUAAGAAUAUCGUGAUGGUUUAAUAAGUUGACAUGGGAAGAUCGAUGUAUAUAAUAUGAACGUGUAACAGAAGG